AGUAGCAGAUCACAGAUCCACGCUUUGUUUCUGCUCUGCAGACAGCGCUGGAGGAAAGAAGGAAACAUGGAGAGCUUUUGGCUGUGCAGGUUUUUAACACUGCUGCAACUUUGUGUUUCAUGUCUUGUCCCUGCAUCAGGUCAACAGUGGGAGAAUAUUAGAGACAAGAUCUCUGAUGCUGUCAAAGGUCACACUCCGUGCAACCCUGUCAACUGUAGCUGCCAUUUAAGUGUCCUACAGGACGACUUGCGGCCCUUUAGAGGGAGAAUCUCUGAGAAUUUCAUGGCUGCGACUGUCCAAAGAGGGGUGGGAACCCACUACCAGAUCAUCGGACACAAGCUGUACAGGGAAAACAACUGCAUGUUCCCCGCCAGGUGCAGCGGGGUGGAGCAUUUCAUCCUGGAGGUGAUUGACAGAUUACCCGAUUUGGAGAUGGUGGUAAACGUCAGGGAUUACCCUCAAGUCCCCAGCUGGGUGCAGCCGACCCUGCCUGUCUUCUCUUUCAGUAAGACGGCAGACUACCAGGACAUCAUGUACCCCGCGUGGACGUUUUGGGAGGGAGGGCCUGCUGUGUGGCCCAUAUACCCCACUGGACUGGGAAGAUGGGACCUGAUGAGGGAUGACCUCAAAAAAUCUGCAGCACAGUGGCCAUGGAAGAAGAAAGAGUCCAAAGGAUUCUUCAGAGGCUCCAGAACCAGUCCAGAGCGCGACCCCCUAAUCCUUCUGUCCAGAGACGCUCCGGAGCUGGUGGAUGCGGAGUACACAAAGAACCAGGCCUGGAAGUCAGAGAGGGACACACUGGGGAGACCCCCAGCCAAAGAAAUCCCACUGGUCGAUCACUGCAAAUACAAGUAUUUGUUCAACUUCCGAGGCGUGGCGGCCAGCUUCCGCCUCAAACAUCUCUUCCUCUGCGGUUCCCUGGUGUUUCAUGUUGGAGAUGAAUGGCAGGAGUUUUUCUACCCUCAGCUGCAGCCCUGGGUCCACUACAUCCCUGUGAAGCAGGACCUCUCUGAUGUCAGGGAGCUACUACAGUUCGUCCAAGAGAACGAUGCCAUUGCACAUGAGAUUGCCACAAGGGGUAAAGAAUUCAUCCUCGACCAUCUGCGGAUGCAAGACGUCUCCUGCUACUGGGAGAGACUUCUCACCGAGUUUAGCGGUCUCCUCACCUACAAACCCAAGAGAAAGGACAACUACAAACAGAUUGUCCACAGACCCAGCAAGACGGAGCUAUAAAAGAUGACUCUGCGGGACCAGGGCAGCUGUAGUGAAGAGAGAACUCUAGAUUAUGAAUGUAACCACUGCAUCGCAACGUAGGAUUCCCUCACAAGCAGCGUGACGUGUUUAUGUUGGUGUUGCAUUUUUGUCUAAAUCACAGCUUAAUUUAGCUAACCUAAAGCUUUGCCCAGAUUUGCUUUGUCAUAGAUGUAGUUUAGGAUGUUGACUGUGGAUGCUGCCAUGCCUUCAGGUUCCACUAGGGGGGUUUAUAUGCCAUUUCGGAGUCAUUGAUUACUUUCUGGUUAAAUUAGUUAAUUUGCUUCUAAAAAUAAUUCAGUCUAUACUCACCAGCACAAUAACAUCUAUCUAAGCUGUGUUUUUUACUAGUCAUGAGUACCACUCAGCCUGUGAAAACUCUCUUCUGUGGCUCUGGAGGCAGAGAAAACAACCCUGGAGGCUUGACAUUUUUAACAAAGUCUGUUUAUAAGCUGGGUGUGUUAGGUUUGAAAGUCUUCUGGACACAGGCCAUCCCUUAAAAUCUGGCUUCAGACAGAUUUUGAUGAAAAUCAGACCACUGAAAAAACUGUAUUUGAGCAUCGACACGGAAGAAGUUCAGUGCCGUGCUCAAGUAAAAUCCGAAUUGACCCGCUGACCUUUUACCUUUUAGAACAUUCACCAAAAUCCAAUGAAAAUAUUGCACGCCCAGCUGUAGAGCACCUAAACUCUCAUUUGAAAUACCUGUAGAUUGAUGUUCCAGUGCGUGAAGGAUGUACCAAUAAUAAUAAUAAUAAUAAUACUAGUUAGAGAUGCCAUGCUGUUACAUAUUUAACACACUCAAUUGUUUUGCAAAGAUUUCCUGGAAACUCAAAAGCUGUUAUUUGCACAAUAUGAAAUGCUUAUUUGCAAUUUCUUCAUCUGGCCUUUUUGUAUGUGGAGGGAUAUAGUUUGUGUUCUAACCAGCAACCCUGAUCUAAAAGUCUACAUCGAAUAUAGUCCUUUUGAUUGAAAUAAAAGUAAAGUGGCCAAAAUUGAUGCUCAAUUGGAUUCCAUGUUAAGUACAUGGAGUCUGUUGUUGCUGUGCAGGCACUCCCCUCUACUGGACAACUGAGGGAACUCCAGCCUUCAACAAUGUUCAUUACAGCAACAUAUCCAUGUACUUUCUUUUACUUGUUUGUCGAAAGUGUGAUGUCAAUGUCUGCAAUCAGAGGAGUUCUGAUAUUUGUUCAAUAACUAAAUCUAAAUACCUUCAAUAAGUGCCAACAGUAAGCAAUAAUGACCAGGCAGUAGCUGUAAUUGAAUGUGUGCAGUGUUUUUACCUUUUUGAAAAAUAAUGUGUCUUGGUGUUAAGAGAUGAUAUAUAUAUAUAUAUCUGAUACAGGAUAAUGUUGGAAUAUGUUGUAGUAUUCUCAUUGUACUGUGAACUACCAGAUUCUAACCGAUGCAAGUUUUAUUUUUCAUACUAUAUUGUUGAGAAAUGUGCUCCCUUUUUAUAAGUAUGUAUUUGACCAAAAGGCUGUAUUUAGACGCCUGGUCAAAGCACUGUUUUGUUUGUAUUGGAAUAAACAUUUUGGUUAUUAAAACAUCCCAGAAUGUGUGCAGGAUAG